AUGAAUGUGUCUACAAGUUUGAAGGUGCGUCUGCCAGCCUUCGUUCUGGUGACGGAGGUCGUCAUGAUAGUUCUUUAUGCUCUCUUUGUCACUUAUGACGACAAUGCCAAUGCGAAGCUGCAAAACAAUGAGACCAACCCAAUGGAGAACUCUAUGUAUCGCGACUAUCCCUACUUUGCCGACGUGCAGGUGAUGAUCUUCUUGGGCUUUGGCUGCCUGUUGGCCUUCUUCCGAUUCUACGGCUUCAGUGGGAUAGUCUUCAACUUUCUUACAGCUACAUUUGCGAUCCAGUGGGCGAUCCUGAUACAAGGUUUCUUCCAGUUUUACUAUGAUGGUAAAAUUCACCUCGGGGUGAUCAACCUGGUGAAUGCCGAGUUCGCCUGCGCUACGGUGCUCAUCUCUUUUGGAGCUGUGCUAGGAAAGACCAGCCCGGUUCAGCUCCUGUUCAUGGCUUUGUUGGAGAUACCUGCCUUUGCUGUCACAGAGUGGGCUGUGCUGAAAUACAUCCGAAUCACUGAUGCAGGUGGUUCUAUUCUUAUUCACCUUUUUGCCUGCUACUUUGGUCUUGGAGUGACAUUUGUGCUGUACCGGCCGAGCCUGAAUAUGGGACAUGCUAAAGAGAUCACUAGCUAUCAGACUGACAUCCUGUCUGUGAUGGGAACUUUGUUCCUCUGGGUGUUCUGGCCAUCAUUCAACUCUGCUCUGACCUUAAAGGGUGAUGACCAACACAGAGCAAUACUCCACACUUUUAUAGGUCUAAGCUCAUCCACGAUCACCGCUUUUGCUCUUUCUGCAGUGUUCAAUAAGAGAGGUAAGAUCACAAUGGCUGAUAUUCAGAAUGUGACCCUGGCAGGAGGCGUGACCGUUGGGGCUUCUGUGGACAUGAUGAUUUCUCCUGUAGCUGCAUACGCCCUGGGCAUCAUGGGCUGUACUGCCUGUUUCUUAGGCUACAAGUAUCUAUCCCCCUUCCUGGCCAGGCACAUGAGGAUCCACGACACAUGUGGUAUUCACAACCUUCAUGGGCUCACCGGCCUCAUAUCAUCCACAGCAGGGAUCUGUGCCAUCCUCUUAGCCACAGAGGAAACCUACGGGCCCAGCAUGUACCAGAUCUUCUCCCAUCGCGCCCCACCUGACGGAGAUCCGAAGCUCCUGGAGCUGCAGAGGCAGAUUCCUGGGCUGAAGCCAGGCUUGGGUCGCACAGCGAAGGAGCAAGCUGCCUACCAGGCAGCAGCUAUCAUCUUCACUAUUACAGCCUCUUCAAUUGGCGGGCUGCUCACUGGUUUGGUCAUGAGGCUGCCCUGCAUGGCGUCCCCAUCUGACAAGGACUGCUUUGAUGAUGAGCCCUUCUUUGACAUGCCCUCUGACUUUGACAGUGUAGAAGCGCUCAAGAAACCUAAAAGAUUUGAUGAAAAAGUACAAAUGAAUACCAUGAACCCCAAAAUCUGA